AUGGUUGCAGUGUUGUGCGAUGGAAGCGAACUGCGAGAGCAUGUCGGUGAUGGCAGCGACGCUGGCCAAUGGCGGCAUCUGCCCCAUCACCGAGGAGAAGGUGCUCCGGCCCGACUCCAUCCGGGAUGUCCUCUCACUCAUGCACAGCUGCGGCAUGUACGACUACUCCGGACAGUUCGCCUUCAAGGUGGGCUUGCCGGCAAAAUCAGGCGUAUGCGGAGGUAUGCUGGUUGUGAUACCCACACAAUGGGGAUAUGCUCUUGGUCUCCGCCGCUCGACCACAUGGGCAACAGUUGCCGUGGUGUUCAGUUUUGUGAGGAACUUGUUCGUGUCUUCAACUUCCAUCGGUAUGACAAUUUGAAGCAUGCCACAAAUAAAUUGGACCCCAGAAGACACAAGUACGAGACGAAGGGACUGAGCAUUGUCAACUUGCUCUUCUCAGCGGCCAGUGGAGAUUUGUCUGCAAUGAGAAGACACAGACUGUCGGGAAUGGACAUGACCCUGGCCGAUUAUGACGGCAGGACGGCUCUGCAUCUGGCUGCAGCCGAAGGCCACCUCGACAUCGUCACAUUCCUGCUGGAGCAGUGUGCUGUGCCCCACCAUCCCAAGGACAGAUGGGGCAACUCGCCGCUGGACGAGGCGAUGCGCUUCCGACACGUGCAAGUGGUGACCUACCUGAAGGAGUGGGCCAAGCAGCAGCCCCCACCCGGCCUCGACGAGUCAUCCUCGUGCGAACCCCCGAGGCCCGUUGAGGAGACCUCGCCACUUCCCUCCUAAACACUCUCUCUCUGUGCUUCCACUCGACCUGACAAUAAAACCGGGCCUGGCUUCUCAACAAACCGCAAUAAUAUUCAUUAAAUAGUUUGCAAUAUUAUUAAACUUACAGACACCAAACAUGCUAUAGUUUAAAUCUGUUUUCUGUUUAUGACUGUUUGAAGCUGUUCCCUGUUUAGGACUGUUUGGAGCCCUUUAGUCUGGAACUGCUCUAAACUGUUUCAUUCAGAAAUUUAACUGAUUGAAUGUCGGUUAUGUCGGAAUGUCUAUUGGACACAUUAAUAUUCAUAUUUAUUUCUAUUCAAUCAGACACAUUAUAAUACUGGGAAAAGAAAAUAGACACAAGCCCGAAAUUUCUCCUCCUUAGUUAAUUAAAAUUGAGCAAUGUAGGGUUUUGGCUCAUCACAUUCACUUUAACAAUUUUCACUUUUCACAAGACUAAAUAACUUAUAUAGGCUUAAGUUUUAUUAUUUGAAUUUUGUUAUAUCUAGUAAUAUAGAAUACAAAAACAUUUUUUGUAUUUGUGUAUUCAAUUGUUAGUAGUUUACUCACAAAAAACAAACAAAUUUCAUCAUUUAAGAACUACCUAACGAAAAAGAACUAUCCUAUUCAUACAACUAGCAAAAUUCAAUAAGUCCAAAAUAAUAUUAAGUUACUUAAUAAUAUAAGUAUACGGUACGGUAUGGGCAUUGAUCAACAUACAAUGAAUUACUAUAAUGGAUGAGUAGAAUCAAUUACCAUCAAAAUCGAUUUACUCUGGUAAAAUAUCAGUAGCAUACUGGUACAAUAAUUAUCAGUAAAAGCUCAAAAAUAUAGAUCUUUCAAGAAUAAUGUAAUGGCUUCCAAUCAAAGUUAAACUCAUUCCAUUACCCAAGUUCCAUUGAAUACUCGAAUCUUUAUUGAAUUGAAUGCUGAAUGUCUAGUGAUGUUGUUGCUUUUAUAUUCUUUCAGGCAUGAUGAGUUCAAAAUUACUUUUUUAAAGUGAAGAGUGGAAUUAAGUGAGUAACAAAUAUCAUAUCAGCCUAACGCCUAUAACUGGGUUGGCUUCAUGCUCCCCAUACAUCGGGGAUACGAUUUAUUUAUUUAUUUUAUUUCAAAAAAUCACAGUUCGUAAGAGAAAAAUAUAGAAUACCUUGUACUAUCCCCCUCCCAAAUUUAAAUAGCAUUAAAAUGUUCGAAAUAGGCUUUUGUACUAUUCCACUCCAUAUUAAGAUAGCAUGAAAAAAGUCCGAAAUAGGAGUUUAAAGAGUGGUGUAAAAACCUUGGCUCUCUCCACUAUCAAAAACUAUACUGUUUACUGUAUAUGAUAGGUAGAAAACUCUAUAUUUGUUGAUGUUGAUCAAAAAUCAGUUAGACAUCUUGCUUAUCAUUAAUUUUAACAAAAAUAAUUUUGAUUAUAUAGAUAAAUGAGAUUUUAUGGGUGGAAUUAUUGAUUCCUUCGAGCUAAUAAGAGACUGAGUGGAUUUAGAGCAUGUUUUAGGAAGUUAUAACUAAUAUUAUUCUUAUAGUAGUAGUAUUCUUAUGUCCUCAUGAAUAGCUAUAAAGACUAAUAGUCAUUUUCAUAACUGUCGUUAUUUAUUCCCUCAAUGCUACCGUUUUUAUUGAUUUAAAUGGCCAGAACUAAUGAAGAAAUUGAAGAAAACUGAGAAACCAGGCCUUACCAUAUCUAGCUAAUAUAUUAUUGUUACUCUUUAGAUGUCUAUUUGAAAUAAAAGUUCAUGAAUUUAGAUUAUUUAUGUAUGUGAAUCUUUGAAAAAAUGGUGUAUAUCCUGCCUCCACUCAUGGCGACAAUAUUUGCACUUUUCAUCACAUCAAGGUGAUGCAAUGAAUUGUUAGAGUUAGAUGUUAGAGAGCUUCCUUAUCUAUAAGUGUUUUUGAAUGUUGUGAAUUUGAUAUCAAAUCUACCGUAUGAUAAAUGUGUGUGAUUUUCAUAUUCGAUUUGCUUGUAAACUAAUCGAAAAAAGAUAUUAUCUUUUACCCCCUAGUUCUUCUUGAAUGUGACUUUGAUCUGUAAAGGGCUGUUUGAAGACAUUUUGUAAGCCGCAGUUCAGUUUUGCCAGUGUGACUUCAGGAUAUAAGUUUGAAUCUUCAUCAUUUUACUGCACCUUUUCUAAAACAAUCAAAAUUUGAGAUCGAACAGCCUCUCAACCAGUUUUCUUGACCUAUCCUUUUUCUUGACUGUUUUAUUGUUUAGCUAAUUUCUGUGCUUACUCUUUUAUCCUUGUGAGUCUUUUAUUGAAGAAUUUAGCUUGAAGAUGAGGGUUGCCUGAUUCCAAUAUGACGCUUAUAUAGUCUGAAGUUGAACAUGCCACUUUCGGGUCUGGGUAUUUAUGAAGUUUGACAAUAAUAGAUUUUGAUAAGAUAUAAGUAGAUAAGUAGGUGGCGAAGAACUUUUCCAUUCAAAUUAAUUAUUAUUAUUGUGAGAAUAGUGUUUCAAUAUGUUGUUUUCUUUUCUAAUUCUAUCAGUUUUAUAUUGAAAUAGAAGAUUUUUUACCUGGUUUAUUUUCUUAGGUGGUAUAUUAUUCUAUUAAACUUUGUUAUUCCCAAUAUUAGUCAAUAUCCUUUGUCAAAAUAACUGACUCAUUUAUUUCUUUUAUCUACCGUUCUAUUAUUUCUAGGCUACCAACAAAAUUGAUAUAUUACCUUCGGCUAUAAUCAAGUAAUACUAUACCGUAAACAUCGAAUGUCAAUUCUUGAAAAGACAAAAAGAGUGGAUUCUAUUAUACCUUUAAUGAAAACUCCACUUAUAGUUAGUAAGUUAUGAGCAUCGUAUUCUUGAAAUGUCUUGAUAUAUUAAGAAUUGAUU